AGUUCCUUAGAGGGGGGGUGGAGGCAGGGCUUGCUUACCUGGUGUCGGUCGCGACUGCCGCCUGGCGAGCCGUGACGGGGCCUCUGCCUGAGGGAAGAAGCGGCCUGAGGGUAUGGUAGGAAAACCGAAUACAUCUGAGUCGUUGUGGUUAGAAAAGAGAAGAUAAUGAAACGCCACCACCCAUCCUCUGGUAAAAUGGGGGAGACCACUGGUGGAGGACCAGCAAAAAAAGCCUUUAAAUCACAAAAUCAGCAAGGGCCUUCCAGCAAAAAAAAGGGAACAGAUGGAGAAGGAAGAAAACAAGGUCAAAAAAGAAAGCAGGUCACUCAGACAGUCAAAAGGAAAGCUAAGGAACAUGGAGACUAUUCCCCUGCAGGAGAAAAAGGUUCUUCAAAGAAGGUGAAGCUAACCAGCACUAAAAUAGGAUCUUGGCAGACUCUCUCUGAGAGCAGUAGGCAGUUUCUGGAAACUGUAAUGGAUUCAGUAAUACUAUCUGUUUUGUGCCAACAACGUGAGAGAAAAGAUGAUGUUCAGAAGCAUCUCAAUUUACUGAAAGAAAAGGUGCUGAGAUUUUUCAAGACUUUAAAGGUGCCUCCAGGGAAGCUGGGCAAUCUGAAGAAUGUCCCAGGCCUUCAAAUGGCAGAGAAACAAAUGCUUGAGACAAACGAAGCGUCUUUGGUACAAUUGCAGGAAGAAAUAAAUGAAGCUGAGCGAUCAGCAGAACACAUUGAAGAAACUAUACAGCAACUGCAGUACAAAAUCCAGGUGCUCAAGAACCAGUUAGAGGAAGAUGAAAAAAAGGCCAGGAAGGUAUUCCAGGAAAAUGGCAGUGGAGCACUCCACCUUCCAGAACUCCCCAAGCGCAGUUUACAGGCACCCACUUUGCAGGAAGAAAUUUUGAAGAUAAAAAAUCAGAAAGGCCUUUUAAAGGAUAUGAACACUAUUCAGCAGUCAGCUGACAUGAAGAACAUGUUAACCCUCAUUGAAAAGAUCUAUGAGAAGGUAGACUUCCUUUGAGAAACCAAAAUAAUACGGAGUCUCCUUUAGAGAAGAUAACCUAUGACAGCAGUCCGUGUUAAUGUAGCGCAGCAGGAUGCUGAUCAUGGAAACAGUGAUUUCUUCCUAAUGGCUUUACUGUUCUGACUGCUGAAUUUCUGUUAAAACAUUUUCUGUUAAUAUUGGUAUAUAAAUCUGUAGAUACAUUCUGGGCCUUUAGUGAUUUAAGUGAUCAGUCGAGAGUUUUUUGGGGGGUUUGUUUUGGACCCGUGAUGACUUCUAAUGAUGAUAUAUGCUGUCUUAGGUGAAGGGAGGGAAAUGGAUCCUGGGUUUAUUUGGGCUUUUUUGUAGAAUAAGGCAACAUCUUCCAUUACGUUUGGACUUGCAUAUCACAUCUGUAAAUCAGUGAAAGCAAUAUCUCUUGCCAAACUAACUUUUGUUUUGGAGUUAAAUCCUCUGUAAACCCAAACAUGUAGUAAAAAUAUUGUUAUCUCAUGCUCAGUUGUAAAUUCCCUGAUCAACUUUCUCACCAUUUUAUAAUAAAAAAACC